AUGAUGCUCCAUACGCCCGAGCCGGAGAAGCGCAAGUGGGCUGUUGUAGAGACGUCUUACUUUCGUGGUGGGUGGUCUCCAUACCUCCCGUCGCCGUCCAAGCCCAAGCCCAAGCCCAAGGUUGCCGACGCCACCCCGCUGGUUGCCGAGUCGGCCGACGACCGCCCGCCGCCCAUCGCCAUUCCUGUCGAACCCGUCGUGGUCGAGACAGCGAGCGGCCAGCUCCUCACCGGCCCGCCUGAUGACGUCGACGUCCUCAUUUCCGUCUAUGACCGGUACCGCGAGUUUCGUGCGUACAUUGCCGCCGACGGCGAGGUGACCUCCAACGCCGGCCAGGUCCUCGGCUACAUCAACAUCGAUGAGUACGAGGUCGGUUCCGCGGACAUGGAGUUCCUCGGCUACGGCAAGGCUGGAAUUGAUGAGACUCGGUUUGAGGUCUUUGACUCGAACGACGUUGAGCUCGUCGAGGUCAACCUCGGCACGGCGGUGAUCAAGGAGCGCGGCUCAACCGUGUGCGAGAUCGAUGGCACCGGCGGCUGCACCGGGAACGACGGCUCGUUCCUUGGCGAGUUUGAGGGCUUUGGCUACGCCCACAUGCGCACCAUUGCACUUUAUCUUUGCAUCCUCGACACCGGCAUGCUCAACUGUGUCGAGGGCUGAGUACCUCUCGGCUGCCACUACGCGCUCGCGCUGUC